CAUUUUCCUAGAGAGAACAAGUGGGCGUUGGGAGCACGGUGGUGGGGUGCAUAGCGAAAAGGGCGACCCGGAAGCGAUAGUGGAGGAAACUUCCGUUCUUUGUUCUGUCCCCGGUGUGUGGGUCUGUGGCCGGGUCCUACAGGUCCUGGUGCGUGUCUGGUUCCCCCAAAUCUCCCGUCUCUGCCCCCAGGGUGAGUCGGGCCGUCUCCGGGGCUCGCGUGCUUCCUCGUUCUCAUUCAAAACCGGCUUCCUUCUGAGUCUGGAGAUAGGAGAUCGGAAGCCAGAACAUCUACCCUACCCAUGGAAACUCAGGCUGAUCAUGUAUCUCAGGAACCUCAACCCUUGCUUGAGAGUGCUCUUCCCUCCUCAGAAGUUCCUGCCUUUUCCAACAAGGACAGUCUGGGGGAUGAGAUGCUGGCAGCUGCUCUCCUAAAGGCCAAGUCCCAGGAGUUGGUGACAUUUGAGGACGUAGCUGUCUACUUCAUCCGGAAGGAGUGGAAGCGAUUGGAACCUGCUCAGAGGGACCUGUACCGGGAUGUGAUGCUGGAGAACUAUGGGAAUGUGUUCUCACUGGAUGGUGAGUCCAGGACUGACAGUGAUCGAGACAUUUCAGAAGAUACAGGAUCACAUGGGAUGCUAUUGGGAAGAUUCCAAAAGGAUAUUUCUCAGGGUCUUAAAUUUGAAGAAGCCUAUGAACAAGAAGUCAGUCUAAAAAGGCAACUAGGGAACUCCUCUGGGAAAAGAUUGAAUAGGAAGAUACAAGAUUUUGGUCAAGUGACAGUUGAAGGAAAGCUCUCCCCCAUGGCAGAGAGAAAUGAGAAAUAUAAUGAGUUUGGGAACAGCUUCACUGUGAGUUCCAGUCUGAUUUCCCAUCAGAGACUUCCUGUGGGAGACAGACCCCAUAAAUGUGAUGAAUGUAGCAAGAGCUUUAAUCGAACUUCAGACCUUAUUCAACAUCAGAGAAUCCACACAGGGGAAAAGCCCUAUGAAUGUAGUGAAUGUGGCAAGGCCUUCAGCCAGAGCUCACAUCUUAUUCAGCAUCAGAGGAUCCACACUGGGGAGAAACCUUAUGAAUGUAAUGAUUGUGGGAAGACCUUCAGUUGUAGCUCUGCUCUCAUCCUACAUCGGAGGAUCCACACUGGGGAGAAACCUUAUGAAUGUAAUGAGUGUGGGAAAACCUUUAGCUGGAGUUCCACCCUUACUCACCACCAGAGAAUCCACACUGGCGAGAAACCCUACGCUUGUAAUGAGUGUGGAAAGGCCUUCAGUAGGAGCUCUACCCUUAUUCAUCAUCAGAGAAUCCACACUGGAGAAAAGCCCUAUGAAUGUAAUGAGUGUGGGAAGGCCUUCAGCCAGAGCUCACAUCUCUAUCAGCACCAGAGAAUCCACACUGGAGAGAAGCCCUACGAAUGUAUGGAAUGUGGAGGAAAGUUUACCUAUAGUUCAGGCCUUAUUCAGCAUCAAAGAAUCCACACAGGGGAGAAUCCCUAUGAAUGUAGUGAGUGUGGAAAAGCCUUCAGGUAUAGCUCAGCUCUCGUCCGCCAUCAGAGGAUUCACACUGGAGAGAAGCCUUUGAAUGUAAUGGGUAUGAGCAAAAGUUCUCUCAGAGUUACUGCUGAAUUAAAUAUCAGAGAGUCUACAUGAAAGAGCUGCAUACCCGUUUUCCUCACUUCCCGCGUCUCAAGAGCCCUUGCCUUAUUUUAUAACUCUGAACAACUUAGGCUUGUCCCUUCCACCUCAGACCUUUCCCAUUAAUGGGGCAGAUUUUGUGUUUCAUCAUGGCACAGUGAUCAGAAACCUAGUGGAUUUCCCAGAAAACAGCCUUCAAAACUUGAGAGGCAAGUGAGAGAUUAAGUGCUGGGAACAGAAGGAAGCUUGAGGACCAGUCACCCUUUUCUGGAGGGGAGUUUGCACUAAACCGUUUUUUCUCACACCAGACAAGCCUUUCUUUCCAACACGGGGGUGGAAGAUUAGUAGGAAUAAAGUUCCAAUGAUUCCGCUAGUUGGAAUCAAUGUAGUGAGCACAAAAGGCAGUGGAAAGAAUGUCCUGGGUCCUCAUUGCUAGGGAGGGGAGCAGAGGCUGUGUUUUGAAGCCACUGUCCCCAAUCCAGCUUUACGAUUUGACAAGGAACAUGCUGUUGCGUGAUUUCAUUAAUUAAGGAAACCUGGUGUUGAAGGACUUGUUAUUUUAUUGAAGGAGGGGAAAGGACCCUAAAAAAGAUUUCUGUGAUGACUGUAUCCUGUAGGGCUUUUGGAGCAACACGACUAUGUUUCCAAGAGCAGUCUGGCAGUCCCGUAGGCAGGCCGAACGUCCCGUGCUUCCUGUACUGACUGGGAAAUCCAACUGAGCAGUGAAUAACCUGAGGGUGCAGAUCAGAAGCAUUUAGUACUAGCCUCUGAUUCCUGCCCUGUUCCUCUUCCCGCUCCUGUGAUGACAAGCGAUUUACUCCAACGUCUAGUUACUAAGGAUGCUUUCAAGGAGCUGAUUCAGUCAGUCUCUCCUGCCCUCUGUUACCUCUAAUAUCUGGCCCCAGCAGCUGGACCUCCCCUAACUCCACUUCUGACUUCAACAGGCAAGGAUUAAUCCACAUAAAGAGCAGAGCCCGGAGAAGGAAGGCUGUGGCCCGAACUUGGUGACAGGGCUCCUUGCAGGGCUAGAAUGGCACUCAGUGAAUUUUCCCAACCUGAGGGAUGACCUUCCAUUGUUUUCCCAACCCUGCUCAGCCUGUAGCAUAAACGAAGUGCACUAUUAAACAGAAUAGUUUUUCAGAAGAGGAAA